AUGCUUACCAUUGAAGAAAUUCGUGCGCUGAGCAAAGUAAAUCCCGAGUUUGAGCCUAUUCUCAAUUCGGGGUCACCCCUUUUGAUACCCUGGGGCACAGUCACCGAUAUCCCUCAAAUUCGUGCUAUGCUGCAAGCCGCAAAGGACGCAACUCCGAAAGCUGAUCCGGCCACUCUCCCGUACACCCAAGAGGACAUCAGCAUCCCGGUGCGAGACAACCGCAGCGUUGGCGGCCGCGUCUACAGACCCAGGGGUGGCUCAUCUGAGGGACGACCGGGGCUUGUCGUCUUCCACGGAGGAGGAUUCACAGUUGGGGAUUUAGACACGGAGGCUUGGCUCUGUGCGUUGUUUGCAAAGCUUGGGGGCAUUGUGGUGGAUGUUGAUUAUCGACUUGCCCCUGAGCAUGUGUUUCCAGCGCCAAUUGAAGAUGCCUUUGACGCGCUCAAAUGGACUGCCGAAAACGUAAAAUCUUUGGGUAUCGACCCAGAGAAAGGAUUCUUGGUGGGAGGUGAAAGCUCAGGGGGCGAGAUGGCCGUAAUCGCAGCUCAUCUGUAUGUGAAUGACAAGGUGUCUCCUUCUUUGACAGGAAUCUAUGCGGCGAUGCCAGGAGGCGUGAACCAUCAGACCGUGCCUGAAAAGUACAAGGAUCGGUUCAUCAGCCUUGAGCAGAAUGCCGACGCCCCAGUCCUGUCCAGGUCAUCGGUGGAAUUUAUCUGGAAAUCAUAUCAGUCCGAUCCACUUAGUCCAAUGGCUUUCCCAUUGGCAUUCCCUACUCACAAGGGCAUUCCCAAGACGUAUUUCCAAAUAUGCGGAUUCGAUGCUGUCCGGGACUGCGGCUUGGUUAUGGAGCAAGUAUUCCAGGAUGACGGGGUGCCUACUAAGAGGGACAUUUACCCUGGAAUGCCGCAUGCGUUUUGGGGGAUGUUUCCGGAUUUGAAGAGUACUGAGAAGCACACUCAGGAUUCGGAGGAGGGAUUCAAAUGGUUGUUAAGUUAA